AUGGCGCCCUCUGAGAACCGUCGGCCACGCAUGCCAGUGGCAUCGCUACCGGCGACCGCUAUUGAUACAGCAAGCCCGUCUCUAUCAGACUAUCGGCUGCUUGGGUGGCAUCCGGCAUCCCCGCUCGAAGCGCUAGAAAGCUUCGGCCAGGACGGCUGCUACAAGGCUUAUCUCCCCGCCAUUCAACAGGUCCCAGUCUCUCCUCCAACCAUUGCCCUCCGGGCCAUGCUCAAUCUAGAAGCUGUUUAA